CCAAGUCCGCGUCCGCGUCAUCGUCCGCGUUCAUCAGCGUGACUUCUCCAGCUCCAAAACGAACGGUUCUUCCUUCCUUCCUUCAAUCCGUCAAUCCUUUUUUUUUAUUGCUAAAUUUAUUACAUUAACAAUCAGUAAAUAGAUUUCAAUACUCCUAUAUAAAGUUCCAAACUUUCAUGGAAUUGGAAGACAACGCACCGCAAUCCCCACCAAAGUUGUUUCUUUCCAGCGAAUUACGCCCAAAACACUAUCCUUUUGGGUUUUUGAGCGAACCCUAGAAGGUUUGGAAGAGGUGGUUGAGAUGGAUAGUGGUAUCAUUCCCAUGUGGCAGCCUCUUUGUCUCUCUGGCCUUCUUGGAUUUGUUGUGGCGGCCUCGCUUUUGGGCAUAACGAGGAGAUUUCGAUCGAUUGUGCAGCCAUGGGUUGUUCGUCGCGUUCAAUCCGAUCUUCCUCUUAUUCUACAGAUCCAGAGAUGGCAGCAUAGGUUCUUCGAUAUUUUCUUCUCCGUUGUCUCUUGUCUUGUCUCCGUUCCAUUCUAUACCGGAUUCAUCCCUAUUCUCUUCUGGAGUGGGCAUAGCAAAUUGGCGAGGCAGGUGGCUUUGCUUAUGGCUUUCUGUGAUUAUAUUGGGAAUGCUAUUAAGGAUGCAAUAUCUGCCCCAAGGCCGAGCUGUCCUCCGGUGAGGAGAGUGACAGCUACAGAAGAUGAGAAAGAGAAUGCAAUGGAGUAUGGAUUGCCUUCUUCCCAUGCUCUCAACACAGUUUGUCUUGCUGGAUACUUGUUGCACUAUGCACUAACAACAUAUGGUCAUGAAAUGAAUGGUUUCAGAGUUUUGAUUGGAUUCUCCUUAGUUUUCUUGCUGGUCUCUCUGAUUGGCUUGGGGAGGAUAUACUUGGGCAUGCACAGCUUCAUCGAUGUUGCAGCUGGAAUCACCAUGGGGCUUGUUGUUCUUGCUUUCUGGCUGAUUGUUCAUGACUAUAUUGAUAAUUUUCUCACCUCUGGACAGAAUGUUACAUCUUUCAGUGCUGGCCUCUCCUUCGUACUACUUUUUGCUUAUCCUACACCUGAGGCCCCAACUCCAAGUUUUGAGUAUCACACAGCUUUCAUUGGCGUUGCUUUUGGAUUAGUCAGUGGCAUCCAACAAACCUAUCUUCUAUUCCACUCGGAAGACGUUCCUCGUAUAUUCAGCCCCGAACUUUCCAUCCUCGUCUUCUUUGGAAGGUUAUUGGCAGGCAUUCCUACAAUCCUAAUAGUGAAGUUCUGCAGCAAAGCUCUUUCCAAGUGGUUACUUCCAGUUAUCUGCAACACUUUAGGAAUUCCAAUAAGGUCAUCUUGCUAUAUUCCUGCACUAAAAGAAUCUGAUAGCAGCAAAAACAAAUCUGAUAAUAAGCAGAUUGGUUAUCUUCAAAGAGCAAUUUCUUUCUUGCCUUACAAGACCUAUGAUGUUGAUACAGGAAUAAGGUUUCUUCAAUAUGCUGGCCUGGGAUGGUCUGUUUCUGACUUAGUUCCUCAUCUUUUCACUCGCUUAUCUUUGUCUUAACUUAUCUUCAUCUUAGUAUUUGUAAUCUAUAUGCACCCUCAAUUUGGUGUAUUUUUAUUUUUUUUCUCUUUUGUAUCAGAAAAAUCACUUUUAGACAUGUUUAUAAGCCAAUCUGUACCAGUAGAAAGCUUUGUUUGGGAUAGCUUUCUUACUGCUUCUUAAAGCAGCUUUUGAGUAUCAAAAUUUUUAAUUUUUUACUGAAAAACCGCUGUAUGAAACAGUAAGAAAGCCGUCCCAAAGAAGCUUACUGUUUUUCUGUAAAUUGUUUAUUUCUUUUGAGAUCAACGUUUGAUUCCAAUUUUUUUUU